UAAUCUACAUGUGUGGCUAAAUCACAACCACUCAAAAAUAAAAAAAUAAAAACAAAAAGUUCUCUUUGAAGUGUCAUGGUGUACCACUCAAAACUACAAGUUCAUUUUUCAAACGGAUAAGAAAAUAAACCCAAUGGCUUGCAAUUCUACACCGCUCCUAUCACCACCCAAAACAACCACCGUCGCAACCGUCCAACACCACCACCAUCACCACACACUCCAACCAAUCUUCCACACCAAACCCACCCUCACCCGGAAACUCACCACAAAACUCCACGUAUCCUCCUCCCCAACCAACAAACCCACAACCACAACCACACCCUCACCCACCCAACCCCCACCCCCAAAACCCAAUCAAGAAACCGUCUACUUCGACGGCGGAGCCCACUACGGCGACCUCGUCGCAAAUCUCUUCCUAGGCUUCACCCUCGUAUGGCUUCCCUUAACGCUAGCAGCAGUCUCACGUGCCCUUUACCUUCGUUACAGGUUCACCAACCUCAGAGUUACAGUAAUCUCAGGGCUAACAGGCGAGGACAGAAGUGACUUUUCAUACAGUGUUAUCAAAGAUGUUCAGGUUGUUCCAAGGUUCAUUGGUGAAUGGGGUGAUAUUGUUAUCACAUUGAAAGAUGGUACUAAAGUUGAUCUUAGGAGUGUUCCUAAGUUUAGAGAAAUUGCCAAGUAUUGUCUCUCUAUGAGGGAUAAAUCUUCUCAGAAUUUGAAUAAAUCUGCUCCUAAAGGCUUUGGAAAAUAAAUAUUAUACAGGUAUUUAAUGUUUAUUAUGUAUACAUACAUAUAUAUGUAAAUUUAUUUAUUUGUUUUGUUUUAUAGAUUAAUUUGGUGCUUGGCAAUGUUAACAUUUUGUAUUGAAUUUUGUUGUGCCACUUUUUUGAUUCAAUGAUAAUGGAAUUUUGUAUUA